AUGGCUCCUUACGUGGAGGUGUUGGUGUCCGGCUUCGAGGACUUCAACCGGGCUGUGGAGCAGCACAAAGGCAAGACCAUUUUCGCCUACUUCACCGGUUCUAAGGACGCCGAAGGAAAAAGCUGGUGCCCCGACUGCAUCGAGGCCGAACCAGUCGUACGAGAGGGGCUGAAGCAUAUUUGUGAAGAAUGUGUGUUCAUCUACUGCCAAGUAGGAGAAAAACCUUAUUGGAAAGAUCCAAAUAAUGACUUCAGAACAAACUUGAAAAUAACUGCAGUGCCUACACUCCUUAAAUAUGGAACACCACAAAAACUGGUAGAAUCUGAAUGUCUUCAGGCCGACCUCGUGGAGAUGUUGUUCUCUGAAGAUUAA